AUGGGUAAAGACUAUUAUAAAAUUCUUGGUGUUAAUAAAACCGCUGACGACGAAGAACUUAAAAAAGCCUAUAGGAAGUUAGCUUUAAAAUGGCAUCCUGAUAGGCAUCAAGGCAGUGCUGAUAAAGAAGCCGCGGAGAAAAAGUUUAAAGAGAUUAGCGAAGCAUAUGAAGUGCUCAGCGAUAAAAAUAAACGCCAAAUUUAUGACGUAUAUGGUGAAGAAGGCUUGAAAGGUGCUCCUCCGCCGCCUGAUGCUGGUGGUUCAUUUCCUGGUUUUCAAGGUUUUCAAGGCGGUCAAGGUGGUGGUCCUACAUUUACGUUCAGAACAAGUGGUUUUGAUGGCGGUUUUACCCCAACUGAUCCAAAAUCGAUUUUUAACCAAUUCUUUUCUCGGUUUGGUACUGAUGACGAUGAUCCUUUUGGUCAAUUUACCUCGUUUUCAAGAGGACGAUCUACAGGUGGUGAUUUUGGUGACAUAUUCGGUCGAUCUCGUGGCGAAAAUAGAGGUCUACCUGAAGUUAAACAUCAUUUAUCCUUCACACUUGAAGAAUUAUAUAAGGGUGCUACAAAGAAACUCAAAGUUUCCCGAAAAUUAUAUGACAGCGCAUCAGGUCAACAAAUUCCCACUGAUAAAAUUAUAGAAGUUAAUGUUAGACCUGGGUUAAAAGCUGGUUCAAAAUUCCGUUAUGGUAAAGCUGGUGAUGAAUUAUCAAAUGGUGAAACUCAAGAUAUUGUAGUUGUUAUAGAUGAAAAACCACAUCCGGUAUUUAUUCGUGAUAACGACGAUUUACGUAUGGUCAUGAAGAUUUCUUUACUCGAGUCUCUUGUAGGCUUUAAGGCUAACAUACAAACGCUGGAUGGUAGAACCCUAAGUUUAUCAAGUAGCUCAAUUAUAAAGCCGGGUCAAGAGCAGAGAUUUUCAAACGAGGGAAUGCCAACAAAAGAUCCAAACAAAAAAGGCGAUCUAAUUAUAAAAUAUGAUGUUAUAUUUCCUUCAAAGUUAUCCGAAGAUCAAAAGAAAAACCUCAAGAAAGUUCUUGCUAAUGUCUAA